GGGCAUUGAAGUGCGAGCUCACUCUCGCCCAAGAUUACGGAUAAAACCGUUCAUUACUUCUAAUUUUCUUGUCAAGAACCCUCCCUAACUUAUCUCUUCAGACUACUACUUUCCUAUAUGCUCAUUAUAACUUAUCUCUUCAUUUUCAGAUAGAAGACUAGUUAGUGAUGAUAACUGAUUUUAAGGUGAAUUGGAUUAUUAUUUGAGCUGUUGAAGAGCUGCUAUACAUUGAAGAAGAAGAAGAAGACGGAAAAAGAAGAGCUAAAACAAGAAAUAUCCGUACAGUUUAGAAAUAGAUAAUUAGGUCUUGGGAUUUCGGAAUUGGAAGCUCGAGAAAGAAUAAGCAAGCAGGAAACAGUAGCACAGGAAAUCCGCGAUUGAAUACUGAUAGAGAAGGAGAGAAAUUGGGAAACCAACUUGCAAACAACGUUUUCUUUCUUUCUUUCUUUUUUUUUGUUCCUCUCUAUUUGGUUUUGAUUCAUCAUAGCUUCUCGAUCUCUGGUUAAAGCUUUGCUAAUCUGUUUCGAUUGUGAAACAGCUAAUAAUCAAUCUCUGCAUCAAGUUUAAAGGCCAAAUGUUGGAAAUUUUCAAUUUCCUGUAACAAAAAAAGCUUAAAUCUUUAAGCAGAUCCACCUAAUUGCAUUUCAAGCAGUAGGUGCGACUGAGCAGAGAGAAACAGUGUGUGGAAGGAAAGAGAGAGAGCAAUGAGAGAGAGAACAGCUCAUCUGUUCAGAGCUAGCUAGGUUUUUGCUUUUGCACAAAAAAGCUAAACGAUAGCUGACAUUUUUCCGGCUUAGAGCGUGAUAGAUCAAGAGAGAUUUAACACAAAAAAGUACUGAAGCAAGUCGUCAUCAAUAAAUGCAAGAAACCAGUACUGCUUCCACCUGCCGCACCCUUUCGUCAAAACCCUAAUUCUCCCACUGUUACUACUGCUGCUGCUGAAACUGUUACCGUUCUUGAGACAGAGAAAACACACAAACAAGAGAAACUUAAUUUUCCUUUCUCUUUCUUCUCGAUUGUGGAGGAACAAUAAAAAAAUAUAUUAAUUAAAAUAAGAUCUUAUUAUUGUUUUUAAGUUUUCUCGAGAAAGGCAUGAAAGCGGUAUGGAGGUGGACGAUAUUCAGAGUCAUCAUCAGCCUUGUAAACUGUCAAGGAUUAGCAACUCUAGAAACGAUUCCAACAAAAUAGGAAGAAAAGAAAGUGCUGCUGAUCAGUAUCAACAACAACAACAAGAUGCUGAAGAUGAAGAACCAGCAGAUCAGAGAAAAGUUAUUAACAUUAACAGCGCUAUGAUUAACACAACUGGUGGCACUGUUGGUGGGUUUGAUAUUGGUAGUAAUGAUAAUGGUAGACUUAGAGCUUGGCAAUCAUCAAGAAUUUUUAGGGUUUCAAGAGCUUCCGGUGGGAAAGAUCGUCAUAGUAAAGUGUUAACAGCAAAGGGUCUCAGAGAUCGGAGAGUUCGUUUAUCGGUCUCUACAGCUAUACAAUUUUAUGAUUUACAAGAUCGUUUAGGAUAUGAUCAACCUAGCAAAGCUGUUGAAUGGUUGAUUAAAGCUGCUGCUGAUGCUAUUACUGAACUUCCUUCACUCAAUGCUACAUUUCCAGAUGUACCAAAACAACUACUAUGUGAUGACAAGAGAACACACCACAACGUCAAUUUGGAACCAAGAUUGGACAUAGCUGAGAUGGAAUUUGAUACGGAUUCUGCUUAUAAUCAGCAUCAUCAGCAGCAACAACACAAUCUUUCCUUGUCAAAAUCGGCUUGCAGUAGCACUUCAGAGACAAGUAAGGGUUCAGUUUUAUCUCUUUCUCGAUCCGAGAUCCGAGUAAAAGCCAGAGAACGUGCUAGAGAAAGAACUGCUAAAGAUAAGGAAAAGGAAAAACCAGAUGAAGCUCCUCAUCAUACUUCUUCAACUGGCCGUCGUCAACAAAAUGCUCAGAGCUCUUCUUUCACUGAACUUCUCACUGGUGCUCAGCAUAACAAUAGCUCCUCUUUAUCAGCAGCCCAACAAAACCUUGGUUUUUCAAAUUUUGUUAUCAGUAAGCAACACCGUCCUUUAGCUCCCACACAAAUGGAUUAUUUCAGUGGGGGUCUUUUUGGGGGAGGUACAUUGAGGAAUAACAAUCACUACUCAUCAUCCGGAUUUUCAACCCAAAACGACUAUGGAAAUGCUUCUCAGGCGACGCCCCACACAAUGGGGGUACCACCACCGCCAUUCACUGUUACUGCUGAUCAUCAUCAGCAGCAGCAGCAUCCAGAGAUGCAUCAGUUCUCAUUUUUAUCGGAUCACCUUAUUCCGGACACAGCUGCUGCUACCGCCGCCAAUGGGAACGAAUAUAAUCUAAAUUUUACAAUCUCUUCAGGCAUUGCUGGUUUCAAUAGGGGGACCCUUCAGUCCAAUUCAUCACAAUCUCAGUUGCCUCAUCACCUUCAACCGAGAUUUUCUUCUUCUCCUUCAGAUGGACCAAACAUGCCAUUCUUCAUGGGAAAUGUUGGGAACGCUGCUUCUUCCCUUACACCCGCAGGGAAUCAAUUCCCAUCUGGAUUUGACGGCCGCCUUCAGCUCUGUUACGGUGAUGGCGGAGGCAGUCAUUCAGAAAUGAAAGGAAAAGGGAAGAACUGAAAAGGCUAAAUCAAAAUAUCAAGUGUCUUGGCUCAUCUUCAUCUUUACCAUCAUCAGGUGAAGUAAAGAUUGGUGAGCUAUGGUGAACGAUCGGAAGUGCCUUCCCUACUUUAGGUAUCAAAACACUAUCAGAUGGUACUUAUUACCACUUCUUUUCCCUCUUCUUUGCCAUCAAGAUGUGAAUCGGCUUGUUUUCGUAUAUUCUGCUAUUUAUGUGUAUUCAGGCGCAAUGCGUUUCUUUGUGGUCUUGUUUAUGAGGGGAUGAAAACAUCAAUCCAUCUCAGUUCAUUUAUGUAUUGUUUUCAUCGUCCUUCAUUUUUCAACUCGCUCCCUGUCUAGUUUGUUAUAAUACCACAACGUCUCAUUUUUCAA